AAUAUAUCCUCAAUAAUUUUUUUCUUUCUUUCUAUUUUAUUAUAAAUUAUUCAUUUUUUAAUAUUUGUGCCCAAGUCUUGUGACCUAUUGAAUUGGAACACCGAAAGUAUAUUUUAUAAAGUCUUAAAAUAUUUUACAAGUUAUUAGAGCUUAUAAACUCUUUAAAAUAAACUCAGCCAAACACUCUCUUUAAUUUCAACAGAGUUAGUUUUUUUUUUUUCCCUACAUUUUUCAACAUUAAUAAAAUCAAAAGUGGCUAACUAUUUUUUCACCUUCUCAGCUACAAUUCUCUGCAGCGCCGUACAAAAAAUGGUGGAAUUGAAGUCAAUAUAGGGAACUGCAGACCAAAUCAACCACGCAAUUACUCCCUCCACUUCAAAAUAUUAUUAUUGUUCGUUGCAGAGCUCACACCAAUUCUUCCAAAAUGAUCCGGUUCAUACUAUUGCAGAACAGGCAAGGGAAAACUCGAUUGGCCAAAUACUACAUUCCUCUCGAGGAGUCCGAGAAACAUAAGGUUGAGUACGAGGUUCAUCGUUUGGUUGUUAAUAGGGAUCCCAAAUUCACCAAUUUCGUGGAGUUCCGAACCCACAAGGUCAUCUACAGGCGAUAUGCUGGUUUAUUUUUCUCGUUGUGUGUAGACAUUACAGACAAUGAAUUGGCGUAUUUGGAGAGCAUUCACUUAUUUGUGGAGAUACUGGACCAUUUUUUCAGCAAUGUGUGUGAACUAGAUCUCGUAUUUAAUUUCCACAAGGUAUAUCUCAUACUAGAUGAGUUCAUACUUGCUGGAGAACUGCAAGAAACAAGCAAGAAGGCAAUCAUCGAGAGAAUGGGAGAAUUGGAAAAGCUGGAUUAGAGAUUGCUGGGCAGUGCAUACUGUAUUUUCAGCUAAAGCAGAGUCUUACAUCUCUUGCACCGCGCAGGCUUGCAUCAGGUUAUUAUACGCCAUCGUUUGAGUUUGUUAUAUUUGUGUUUGUAAAGAAUGUACUGAAAAUUUCACCUUGAUUGGUAGAGUUUUAUUUGGAUGCAUGUUGAUUCAGCUUGUAGUAAAAUGGGAAAGGAUUGAUUCCAUAAAUUGAUGAUAAAAUUUCUCCAUGAGACGACAUGAUUCA